CGUAUCUCGAGAGAGUCUGAGAGAGAGUCAGAGAGACGAAAAUGGAGAUCGUGUGGGAGUCCCCUGCAAACCCUCCUCAGGCUCAAGACUACAUUUAUCGCAAAGGGAGGCGAUACGUUCGACCCUACUACUUUGAGUUCAUCUCGCAUGCUAAGAAUAGAUGGGCAGGGAAAACCAUCGUCGAUCUCUUUGCUGAAGAAUUUAAGGGCCGCCCUUAUGAUUACUAUGUUGAUGCGGUCAAAUCAGGGAGGAUCCAAGUGGAUGGACAAACUGUCCAUCCGUCAUAUGUUGUUCAAUCAUCACAAAAGAUAAGCCACUUUCUGCACAGGCAUGAACCACCUGUUUUGGCUGAAAAGAUUACAGUCCUAGAGAGUGAAGCUGAUGUUAUUACAGUAUGCAAGCCAGCUUCUAUUCCAGUGCAUCCAUGUGGACAAUACCGUAAAAAUACUAUUGUUGGCAUCCUGCAAGCAGAACAGGGCCUGGCACCUCUAUUUCCUGUUCAUCGUCUCGAUCGCCUUGUUUCUGGUCUUCUUAUCUUUGCUAGAAAUGCUGAUAAAGCUGAAUCCUUCAGGCAGCAGAUAGAAGGUGGCCUAUUGCAGAAAGAAUAUGUUGCUAAGGUUGUUGGGUUAUUUCCUGAGGGAGAGCAAGUUGUCAAUGCAAAUGUAAAUUUCAAUGCAAGAGAAGGAAGGAGCUCAGUAGAGAUUGAUGAGGAAUUUUCAAGACAGCCCUUAAAGGGUAAGGUGGCAUGCACCAAGUUUAUGAGGAUUAGCACAAAUGGAAAACAUAGUAUCGUCUUAUGUAAACCUGUAACUGGGCGAACUCAUCAGAUACGUGUCCAUCUACAAUAUACAGGUCAUCCAAUAGGCAAUGACAUCCUCUAUCUCUCCAAGGAUGUUGUACGUCGUUCUACAUUUGGAUCUGGUGCGGAUAGAGCUGCCUCGAUAUACAUGGAUAUGCCACCUCAAACACCUGGUUCAGCUGCCAAUAGUGAUGAAUUCAGCAUUGAUCCUAUGUGCACCAACUGUCCUGGUUUGGCUCCUGUAGGUUAUGAUGGAGAUGAAGAAGGCUUGUGGCUGCAUUGUGUCCGGUACACUGGACCAGAUUGGAGCUAUGAGUGCCCAUAUCCUGAGUGGGCUUUCCCUUGACUGAUUAUAGCUCGAAUUAUCUCAGCCUCUGAUCUUGAGAUACUCGGCCUUAUUUCUACACUGUAGACUUUGUAUUGUUGUCGAAAUAAUGGUUCCACCCCGAUAAUGGUUCAACUGUAAAAGCCCCAUAAAUUAAGAAAAGUAUCCUAGGGUCACAAUCCAUAAUGAUGCAUCAAAGAUAACUCUCCCCGUAGAUCAGUGGAUUUGGAGGCCAGUGCGGUGAUCCAAUGAUGGGCAUUUUUUUUUCCAACAGAUAUCUAGCAUCGUAUCUUAACUGGCGCGUGUGGUUGGACAAUGAACACUUUUCGCUUGUGGAACAAAAUGCUAUUUCCAUAAGCGCGUUGAACACAAAUUAUCGAGUUGUAUUAUAUGGCUUAGUGUCCAUUUUUGUUCUUAUUACAACGAUGUGUCGAUACAGAUCUUGCAGACUGUUGCUAUACGAUGCCGUUUGUUGUUGAUGCGGCAGCUUGAUUCAUUUUCAACUCUAGUCAUAUCGACCUUAGCUUUA